UCAAUAACUUCCGGUUUUACUGAUCCAGCACGAGCCACUGGGAACGGGUUGCCCGGGAAACGGCCGCAUGGCAACAGGAUCAGAGCCUGGGGGUUGUCUGCUUCUAGGUCUGCUCCCAUUUUACAUCGCGUUUCCUCACUAGAUGGUGUGCGAGCCACUGGAGAGUACGCUUCCCCGCACAGUGAAGCUCUGCAUCCAAGCUAAACAAACCUGGGAAACUACACGGAGGACCAUUUCUUCACGGGGCUCCGAGGAGGGAAAGUGUGGAAAUUUAAAAACGUCAAAGGUUUCUUUUUAAUUUUUUUUUUUCGAGCGAACACUACGCCCUUUUUGUAACUAGAAACAAGAAGACUUAGGAGAAAAAGCGGCAACAAACCCCAGCUGUGAUGGACAUAAUGAUUGCGGUGCAGGAUGCUUGUGUCUCUGGUCAGUGGCUUACUGCGAUAAUUCUCAGCCUGUGCUGCUUUCUGCCGUCCUGUUUGCCCGCUGGACAAACUGUGGACUAUUCGUCGGUUGAAAGUGUGGUGAGCAGACAAGGCGACACGGCUCUACUGAGGUGCUACCUGUUGGAUGGGAUCUCUAAAGGAGCAUGGCUGAAUCGCUCAAGCAUCAUAUUCGCAGGGAACGACAAGUGGUCCGUGGACCCACGUGUGUCCAUUGUGUCCAGCGUUGGGGACAAACAUGAGUACAGCCUUCAGAUACAGAAAGUGGAUGUAACUGAUGACGGCCAGUACACUUGUUCGAUCCAGAGUGAGCGCAAUCCACGGCCAAAGCUCCUUAACCUUAUUGUUAAAGUUCCUCCCAAGAUAUAUGACAUAUCCUCUGACAUCACGGUAAACGAGGGCAGCAAUGUGUCGCUCAUCUGCACAGCCAGCGGGAAACCCGAGCCAACCAUUUCCUGGAGACAUAUCACCCCAUUAGCCAGGAAGUAUGACACUGGUGAAUAUCUUAACAUCACCGGCAUCACCAGGGACCAGGCUGGAGACUACGAAUGCAGCGCUUUAAAUGACAUCGCCUCUCCUGACUCCAAAACAGUAAAAGUCACAGUCAACUUUGCUCCAUCUAUCCAUGAGAUGAAAAGCCAUGGAGUUGGACUGGGACGCACAGCUCUGCUGAGGUGUGAAGCAGCCGCUGUGCCCUCCCCGACAUUCGAGUGGUACAAGGGCGAGAAAAGGAUUAUCAAGGGUCAAAGCAUCGACAUCAAGAGCCUCAGCUCCAGAUCAGUCCUCACAGUAACCAACAUGACAGAGGAUCGUUACGGGAACUACACAUGUGUCGCCUCCAACAAGCUGGGGACGGCUAAUGCCAGCGUGCCUCUCAUUCCAAGUAUUGAACCCACCACCACUAGUGCUGUCUCAAGCCCAGCGCCCAACACUGCACCCUAUGGGAGCACAGGAAGUGCAUACGUCCCGCUGGCCUGCCGGUACCUGGUCCUGGCCCUCUCCUCCUUCAUCAGUGUGUACUAGCGGAGGCCAGCAUGGACACAAUGACUGUCGAGAGCAUUUAUGAGUCCUUUUUGACACUGCUGAUGGCUGGAAUCACAUCUGGUACAGUUUGUUGAAAGGCCGUGAGGGGAACAUAAUCAGCGUUACUUUGUGUGGGGAAGGUUUUUUUUUUCUUUUCUUUUUUUUUUGCUUUUGGUGAAUAUUCUGUCAUGUAAAUACGAUGGUGUUUUUUUUAUUAAUAUUAUUGUUAUUAUAAUUUUUUUCUUCUAUUUUUUCUGAUAGACCACAUUGUGAAUCAGUGCUAAUCCCUGCCCCCUCCUCACCUUUAAUCAUAUCAGAAAUCCCCCAAACGAGUCACUUAAAUGCCUCUUCCUCUAGGAGGCCAUGGCGCAAAAUUGACAUUUCCAUUUGUUUUUGUACAUGGCUAAAAGAGAAGCGAUUGUGCCAAGUCUCUCAGUACACAGAAUUACAAUACCAAUGUUGUAUUGAAUGUAUUAUGGGUUGUUGAACAACAGGAAAGACAUUUAGAUUCCUAACAGUACAUAUUAUGAUUAUGGAGUGUGAAUAAAAAUAGAGAAAGAAAAAAACACAAAAAAAUCUAAAAGAACAAAAAAGGCAGGGCUUUUUCAGGGCCUGUGUUGUCAUGAUUACUCAAUAGAUGGAUGAACAGUGUUGAAAGUGUGCUUUGUUGUAUUCUGAAAUGGGUCCUUCGGUUACUAUGCCUGCCGAACACAUUUGAUCAGGCAGCCGUCAAAGUAGCAAAGUAUACUGUAUUGUAUGUUAUAUUUUAUUAUAGUAUAGGCUUUUGUUCUGAAGUGGGACCAGCUUUUUCUCAUCUGACCGACAAUUAACACAGUUCAUGACUCUGUACAGUACGAAGGGAGGAACAUCGCUGCCCUAUGUUUACAUUUUUCUUAAGAAUAUUAAUACUACAGUAUAUAUCCAUACUUUACACAUACAUGAAUGUUGCAACAAAGUGUUGCAGUAAAGGAGAAAAAAGUUUUGACUAUUUUACGCUUUUCUCUUGAGGAUGCAGUUCUUAGAAAUGUGCCACUUGCAAUGAACAUCUGAGCAGAGAGUUGAGUCUUUUGCUGUAUCAUCCUCUGAAAAGCCACAGCUGCACACUGUGGGCCACUUAAAGUCUCUGGCUUCAACCUUUGCCAUGGUUCUUCCUGAAAAACAGAUUCUGGGAAAGCACUAUUCUGCAGCAAAACAUUUUAUUUCUUUGUUUUAAAAACAUUUCAGUAAAUAUAUUUACUUCGCUCUACCUAUUAACAAAAUAAAGAAAUAUCAAUGAGUGGAAGGCCAUGUAACUUUAAAAAUAGCUGGCAUUUACAGCAACAUAUUUGGUGCAGUCCAAAACAGUACAAUAAUGAAACCUGCUUUGACUCAUAGGAGUCCUUCUUGUGUUAUUUAGUAGAAAAUAAAGCCUCUGAACAUGCUCAUCACAACUUACAUGGCCUAAGGUGCUAUCUUCAGAAAGCUCAUCAGAGUCCACAGGGCCUGUUAACAACAAGCAGAGUAGAAAAAUUAAGCCAUGUGGUUGUUCAAUAGGACUAAUUUUGGCUUUUAAUCACCAACACCGGCAUUUUAAUUCUCAGAAGAAAAAGUCAUUAUAAGUGUUUAGUUUCCUGAAAAGAUGUUCAUGGCUUAUUCAUCCUGGGUUUUCUUCAGUCCAUGGUAUAAACAGAGAUACUGUAAUGUAAUGCCUUAAUAGAACCAUAAACAUGGAAGUACGCUCAUUUAUGGGGCACUUCUAGAAAUGAUCAAUCAACACAAUUCAUUUGUUUGACAUAUUUCUGAUUAUUGAAUGUUCAUAAACAAGUAGCUGACUUAUCUUUCAAAUUCUAUUCAGUGAAAACUAAAUAUUUCUCAAUCCAUGCCUCCUGUAGGUAAUUUGAAGAAAGAAAAAAAAAGCCAGUUCCAUCAGAUGAAAAUGCAGUAUUUGUCAUUCAGGUUAACAUGUUUGCAGGUCUUGUUUGAAUUUGGAUUGUUUAACAUUUCUCUCCCCCCACCCCUGACCGAGGGACUAACAGUACCCCCCACCCCCUCACACAGUAUUUUUCAAAUGAACUUGUAACUGCAAACCUGUAGAGAAAUAGCCAUGGCAGUUAAAAGACUUAAAGCACAAACACUGUUAUAACUUUAACGUUUUUGUGAUGAUUUGUUUCGAGGUCUGCUGAACAUUUCUUUUCUUUUAUUGUUUGUACUGAAAUUAUUCUCAGCUUGUUUUACAAAUUAUUAAAAUACUGCACCAUAUGAUCUUGUUUAAAUGUUAAGGUAUACUGAAAAUGAGUCAAAGUAUAUUUAUUCUCUUCCUUUAUGAAAAAAAUGUAUAAAAAUAGAUUUGAAACAUGUAAAACCGGAUAUGUGACAUUUCUUUGAAUGGGACACAGUAUGGCAUAGUUUAUAAUGUUGUCGGGUUCAUUUAGAUGCCAUAACUGUUGUUUUUUGUCAGAAAGAUACAUUAAAAAGAACAAUGUUUGCAAUCAAAUUACCUAAUUUUUGAAACGGAGAGGGUGUGAACCAAUAUAACAGUAUUAUAGAUCAGAAUCAAUGUAUGUAUAUUUGGAGAAAAUAGGAUACCUUUUGAUCUGUAGAGCCAGUGUGUAGUCCUAGUUUUCACACACUUGCGUGUUUGACGAUGUGCAGAGAGUAUGGUUGUGCUGCAUGUCCAAGUUAACCUGUGUUUUUUGAGGUGGCCAUUUUACAAAUAUUCAUACUUCUUAUGAAUGGAGCCAAACGUUUGGUUCUUAAAGCUGGUCUAAAAAUACAUACUUCCUACAGACCACCAGGCUACGUUUGUUUGUGAUUUCUUUCAAUCAACUUUGCUGAUUAUCUUUAAGAAGAAAAAAAAAACUGCUGAGUCAUGAUGGUUAUUAUUGUGGCACUUUGGUGACAGUCUGGAGUUCUGUUGGUUGCUUGUCUGAGCAGUUAAGACCAUGCUAGUAUUCCAUUAUGAAAUGUACUGGAUGUUUAUUAUUUUUGAAUAAUGGUAUUAACAAGUCCCUUUUAUCAAAUCACUAUUAUUUGCAAUAAAAGUCUUCAUGUUACACUAUGAA